AUGGGUAAAACAUUUAGAGAAUCUGCAUCUAAAAAGGCUGCAGGGUUAGCCAAAAAGAGAGAGAAUGCUGCUAAAAAGGAAAGAGAAGCUGCUGAGAGAGCAGAGGCUGAAGAAGCUGCUAAAUGGGAACAAGGUGCAAAACAAAAGACUGCGAGACAAAUACAAGAAGAAGAACGUAGAUUAGAAAAAAUGAGACAAAAGAAAAUUAAAGAACAGUUGAUUGCUGAAGAAGAAGCUGAACUGUCAAAAAAUACUAAAGCUGGUAAAGUUAAAAAUAGAAGAAGAAAAUGA